AGAGCUGCGUCACGUGCCUGCUGUGUCACUCUCCGAUCUCAAAGAGCGCGGACUGGCCAAUCGACGUUGUUUGUUGUUGUUUCGUUUGACGUGAUAUUUUAUAAUAUCAGCCCAAAAACUCGAUGAAAAAUUGCACAAAUGGACUCAAAAGGAUCGCCGCAGUAUCCAGUGAGUAGCUCCGUGUGUCUCGAUCCGAGCACAGAAGACGACCCCCUAGUGGAAGGGCCGUUGAUCUCCCCUGACGCCCUCCACUCGGCCAUCAGGAAAGAGUUCCGGACCAUACCGACCACUUAUUCUGCCGUCCUGCUCUCCCUCAUCCAUGUUGCCUAUGUGGUGUUGUCGCUGUGCGUCGCCGUGAUGUGCCCACUGGCGUUGGGCGAGGAGCAGGAGUGCGCCAACGUGCUGAGGGACGUCACAGGGCAGAGCACCAUCGUGUUCGGGAAGGUGUGCAUGUCGGUGCUGGUGCUGCUGUUUGCCGUUUGCGUGCACCGCCACCACAGCCGCGCCCGGAGUCGGGGGUACCUCCACUUCUACCGAAACACCCGGAGGUUGAAGCACCUGCCCCUCGCCGUACACUCCACAGGAAAUGUGCUGCUGCUAUUGGUCCAGUCUUCUGGACUUUCGGAGGCCAUCUCCAUUUACAUGGUUAUCGCGAUUCUGGGGAUAGAACUUGUAGUGGCGUUGCCAUGCCUACUCAUCUACACAGUGCGUGUGGCGCGAUUCAACCGGGAGCGUGCCGUCCCUGAUGUGAGCCAAGAGGAACAUUGCCACGCCUACAGAGACGCACACCUAACCACCGAAACCGGCUUCAGAGACGGCUGUGGUCUGGAGGAGGUGGUGGAGAAGCAGGCGGACCUCAUAGAGUAUCUGAAACAACACAACACCUUGCUGAGCAAGAGGCUCCUCAACCAAUCGGCCCAGCACUGAUCCAGGGCCCUCUCGUCCCGGCCGUCCGUCCCCAGCAAGCCUCCCAGCGACCCCCGUCCUUCAAGAGCCCCCGCGGGAUCAGAUCCCAUUACUGAGACACUGGAUAUUUGAACAGAUGACACAAAGACGAGGGACCAACAAGGCUAAGGUGGAGCGGAGCCCUCAGAUGGAGGGAGGGGACAAAAGGGGAUAAGAGACUAAAGAUAUCUGUUGUUUGCCAAGUGACAAAAGACCUCCAAUGCGCGCGCAAUGGCGUGCACCACCAGCCCAAAGACUCGUUCUCUCACGCACACGCACACAGGGGUCUGAAGGCCUGUUUUGAUACCAGGAGGGGUGUGAGUGAUGUAAGACAGGAGGGGGCGGGGUCGGGAAAGCGGCAAAAUACGAAGGGGGUAAGAGUCGCGGGUCACAGAUCAGAGGGGAGGGGCUUUAUUGCGGUGUUACGACCCCUGGUGACCUGAGCGUGAGCGCACCGGGGCCCCUGGGAGGGCCACGGAGAGAAGGGGCCGCAUUGUUGUUACUGAUCGUAGUAAAUCACGUGCUGAGCAGGGAGAGCGACGCCAGCGAGAUGCACUUCAGAGUCCCACGGGCGUCCUACGCAGAGAGAGGAGGAGGAAACGGUACCACACUGAUACCUUCUUUGUUGUUUUUCUUUUGUUUUGGUUUGAGGUUCUUACAAUGCUGCUUCUGCCUAUGAUCAUUAUUUUACGUUAUUGUUUGACGCGUGUUUGGGGUCAAUGUGAUGAUAUGAAUGUUUACUGUCAAUUCUUGACUCCUGAUUUAUUUAUUUUUAAGAUUAGGUUAUUCGAUAUCGUGCCAUGGGAUCUGCCUUGAAUAAAUAUUUGAUAUUCUUAA